GGAGCCUCUGGGCUGAAGGAUGAAAAGGACAUGGAGACAACGGGAGGCUCUGAACGGAGUAGCCCUCCACCAGCUCACAUCCCUCCUUCAGGGCCUGCGGCUCGGACACCCCAGGACUGGCCAGACUGGCCUGUGUGCGCCUCCCAUGAACAGAGAAGUCCCGGAGGUGUUCCUCGCAGGUGGAGACCUGCUGCCCCGAGGCCACACUCGCCGCUGCCUCUCUGCGGUGGAGUCCAGAGCGCAGCUGGGGGAAGAGGAGGACAAGGAGGAGAAUGAGAAGGAGAGGGAAAAAAAGGAGGGCGAAGCCUUCCAUGCUGUACCCCUCCGAAGGUCGGGCGCUUUUCGUGCCCACGGCCACAACUACGACCCCUUCAAAAGGCAUAGCUGGGGGCCGGGCAGGGAGCUCCAGGAUCCACUGAACAGGAAUAAACUGCAAGCAUCGGAAUGCACAGGCCCCGAGGGGCCGUCCUUACUGCGGAGCCAAGAGGAGCUGGACCCUUUUCUGGACCUGCAGCACCAAGGUGGCCGACCCUCCUACGUGGACCAUUCAGACUUUCUAUUUCUUCUAGAUUCAGUUUUGGAUCAGGGUUCCUGUCACCCACCAGCUGGCCCUUUGGACCACUCAGCCACUGGUAUGCUUUCCAAGUCUGUAUCCAUGAGUGGCAUCAAUUGCUUCUUGGGCUGCUCAGACCCAGCUGGGAAUUUGUCCCAGUCUUCUGCCGCUGACCUCAGCCAAAGCUGUAGCCAACUGGAAGGGAGCUCAGGUACCUGGGCAGGCUCCUCCCUGCGACGGACACUCAGCUUGAUCUUGGGCAUGACCGGAAAAGCCAAGACCCGGGAAAAGGAGAAGAUGAAGGAAGCCAAGGACGCGCGCUACACCAAUGGGCACCUCUUCACCACCAUCUCCGUUUCGGGCAUGACCAUGUGCUAUGCCUGUAACAAGAGCAUCACAGCCAAGGAAGCCCUCAUCUGCCCAACCUGCAAUGUGACUAUCCACAACCGCUGUAAAGACACCCUCGCCAACUGUACCAAGGUCAAGCAGAAGCAACAGAAAGCUGCCCUGCUGAAGAACAACACUGCCUUGCAGUCCGUUUCACUUCGCAGUAAGACUACCACUCGGGAGCGGCCCAGCUCAGCCAUCUACCCCUCGGACAUCCGGCAGUCCCUGCUCGGCUCCCGCCGUGGCCGCUCCUCCUUGUCUUUAGCCAAAAGCGUCUCCACCACCAAUAUUGCUGGACACUUCAAUGAUGAGUCUCCCCUGGGGCUGCGCCGGAUCCUCUCACAGUCCACGGACUCCCUCAACAUGCGGAACCGGACCCUGUCGGUGGAGUCCCUCAUCGACGAAGGUGCCGAAGUGAUCUACAAUGAGCUGAUGAGUGACUUUGAGAUGGAUGAGAAGGAUUUUGCAGCUGAUUCCUGGAGCCUUGCGGUGGAUAGCAGCUUCUUGCAGCAGCAUAAAAAGGAGGUGAUGAAGCAGCAGGAUGUCAUCUAUGAGCUGAUCCAGACAGAGCUGCACCACGUGCGGACACUGAAGAUCAUGACCCGCCUCUUCCGCACGGGCAUGCUGGAAGAGCUGCAGCUGGAGCCGGGAGUGGUCCAGGGCCUGUUCCCCUGUGUGGACGAGCUCACUGACAUCCACACGCGCUUCCUUAGCCAGCUGCUGGAUCGCCGGCGCCAUGCCCUGUGCCCUGGUAGCACCCGGAACUUCGUCAUCCAUCGCUUGGGGGACCUGCUCAUCAGCCAGUUCUCAGGUCCUAGCGCAGAGCAGAUGCGGAAGACCUACUCAGAGUUCUGUAGCCGCCACACCAAGGCCUUAAAACUCUAUAAGGAGCUGUAUGCCCGAGACAAACGCUUCCAGCAGUUCAUCCGGAAAGUGACCCGCUCGGCGGUGCUGAAGCGGCAUGGGGUACAAGAAUGCAUUCUGCUAGUGACUCAGCGCAUCACCAAGUACCCGGUGCUCAUCAACCGCAUCCUGCAGCAUUCCCACGGGAUGGAGGAGGAGCGCCAGGACCUGACCACGGCCCUGGGGCUGGUGAAGGAGCUGCUGUCCAACGUGGACCAGGAUGUGCACGAGCUGGAGAAAGGGGCCCGCCUGCAGGAGAUCUACAACCGCAUGGACCCCCGGGCCCAGGCCCCGGUUCCUGGCAAGGGCCCCUUUGGCCGAGAGGAGCUCCUGCGGCGCAAGCUCAUCCACGAUGGCUGCCUGCUCUGGAAGACGGCGACUGGGCGCUUCAAAGAUGUGCUCAUGCUGCUGAUGACAGAUGUGCUGGUGUUUCUCCAAGAGAAGGAUCAGAAGUACAUCUUUCCUGCCCUGGACAAGCCCUCGGUGGUGUCACUGCAGAAUCUCAUCGUGCGGGACAUCGCUAACCAGGAGAAAGGGAUGUUUCUGAUCAGUGCGGCACCCCCUGAGAUGUACGAGGUCCACACGGCAUCCCGGGAUGACCGGAGCACCUGGAUCCGCGUCAUUCAGCAGAGUGUGCGAGUAUGCCCAUCCAGGGAGGACUUCCCCCUGAUUGAGACAGAGGAUGAGGCUUACCUCCGGCGUAUCAAGAUGGAGCUGCAGCAGAAAGACCGGGCCCUGGUGGAGCUGCUGCAGGAGAAGGUUGGGCUAUUUGCCGAGAUGACCCACUUCCAGGUGGAAGAGGAUGGCGGCAGCGGGGUGCCCCUGCCCACCCUGCCCAGGGGCCUCUUCCGCUCUGAGUCCCUUGAGUCCCCUCGUGGCGAGCGACUACUGCAGGACGCCAUCCGUGAGGUGGAGGGCCUGAAAGACCUGCUGGUAGGGCCUGGAGUGGAGCUGCUCUUGACACCCCGGGAACCGUCCUUGCCCGUGGAGCCAGAUAGCGGUGGUAACACAAGUCCUGGAGUCACUGCCAAUGGUGAGGCCAGAACCUUCAAUGGAUCCAUUGAGCUCUGCAGAGCCGACUCAGACUCCAGCCAGAAGGAUCGAAAUGGAAAUCAGCUGAGAUCUCCCCAGGAGGAAGCGUUGCAGCGAUUGGUCAAUCUCUAUGGACUCCUGCAUGGCCUACAGGCGGCUGUGGCCCAGCAGGACACUUUGAUGGAAGCCCGGUUCCCUGAGGGCCCCGAGCGGCGGGAAAAGCUGACCAGAGCCAAUUCCCGGGAUGGGGAGGCUGGCAGAGCCGGGGGCGUCCCUGUGGCUCCUGAAAAGCAGGCUACGGAACUGGCGUUGCUGCAGCGGCAACACGCGCUAUUGCAGGAGGAGCUGCGGCGCUGCCGACGGCUCGGCGAGGAGCGCGCGACUGAGGCCGGCAGCUUGGAAGCCCGGCUCCGGGAGAGCGAGCAGGCCCGCGCCCUGCUGGAGCGGGAGGCCGAGGAGGCUCGCAGGCAGCUGGCCGCCUUGGGCCACACGGAACCCCCACUCGUGGCUGAGGCCCCCUGGGCCCGCCGGCCUCUGGAUCCGCGGCGUCGGAGCCUCCCUGCUGGUGAUGCCCUGUACUUGAGUUUCACACCCCCACAGCCCAGCAGAGGCCACGACCGCCUGGAUUUGCCUGUGACUAUUCGCUCCGUCCAUCGACCCUUUGAGGAUCGAGAGAGGCAGGAGCUGGGCAGCCCCGACGAGCGGCUGCAAGAUAGCAGUGACCCUGACACCGGCAGUGAGGAGGAGGGCGGCAGCCGUCUGUCUCCACCCCAUAGUCCACGAGAUUUCACCCGAAUGCAGGACAUCCCGGAAGAGACUGAGAGCCGAGAUGGGGAGCCUUUAGCUUCCGAGAGCUAAGGGGGCCCCUCCCCCCACUCGGUGUCCCCUGAAGAACAUUGCUGAGGGAGGCAAACCUUGGGGACUCCAAUCUGCCAAUGACAAGGGAACAUUUGAAAGAACUGCUUACUGUCCUUGCCAUCUGUUGGUAUUCUUGGAUACCUGGGGGCCAUUUAGGAAGCUGGGGGAAUUAAGCCACAGUGCCCCCUGCUGGCAUCCAGAAGCUACACUGCAGAUGCCAAUUUUUCAUGCCUUCUUCCCUCUACUUUAGGAAAAUUUAUUUAUUUAUUGUUUAUUAGUUACGGAGGGAGAGGGGAGAUUUAGAGGACCAGGGACAUGGGAACCAAGCCAUAGGGAACAGGGGGCCUUGUCCUUUAACACUACUGGGGUUUAUUCAGGCUUAACCAUGCAGCUGCUGGGUUCUAGCCCUGACACCCCUCCUGAGCAACACCAAUCUUUGAGGGGAGGCUGCAGCCGUAAGCCCCUACUGCCCCUUCAGGAAGGGCUGUGGUCAGGGCCAUGUCCCUCUCCCCUUCCCCUCAACCUCUUACUGCUGUUCCCCCUUCUCUCUGUCUUCUGUGGAAACCCCAGGAACUUAACCUGGCUUCCUAGAGUUGAUGGAAUAGAGGUUGAGGUGGCCACAAUGGUUUGUUGAGGGAUGAGGGGGGAAAACUCACAGGGACCAGAAUGUUUUUUUGUUGUUGUUGUUGUUUUCUUUUUUUUGUACCAAAGCCAACUGCACGUGUUUUAUAUUUUUAAGAGAAGAUUGUAGGCAAUUAGAAAUUGCAGCCUUCUAUCUCUAAAUCUCUGAAGAACUUGAGGGAUGGGGGAGCAUUGACUUCUCCACUCAUCCAUAGUAAUGGGGGCCCCAUUCUGACCUCUUCCCCAGUCAUUUGGAAAAACAGUUCUAGGGUGAGUUGGGAAAUCUCUCCAAGCCCUGACCUCACCCCCACCUCAGCAACCAUGACCUGAAACCUCAGUGUGAAUUUGGGGGAUUUUUCAGUGAAUCGCCCCUUGCUCAGUGGCCACCAGCCCCGGCCAGUUUUCUGCCAAUUUGAUUAUUUUAAAAAAAGGAAAAAAAUAGGAAGUCGGGGGUGGGGGGGAUAAAGCAGGGAAAAUUAAAGUCCUGGAACCCCAGGAAGUGCUGUCUGUUAAUAUCCACGAGUUCUGAGGAUGCUGGUGAUGAGGACAGCCAGGGAGGGCCCUGUGUUCCUCUGAAAGGAGCCUCUUCCUCUCCCAGGAGGGGCGACUGCCUCCCUGAAGACACAGGGCACUAACAGAAGAAACUGGUGCCAACCUGUUUUUGUUGUCAUCUGUGAUACUCACAAAUACAAGGAUAAAAAUGAAGGGGCACUUAGGUUCCAGUGGCUGUUGGCGGGGGUUCCAAUAUUAAAAAACCUG